GCGCCGGAAGCGGAAUUGCGGGAGCGCGGCGCACGUCCGCUGGUGGGAGUCAUGGCGUCCGUGGUGCUGAGCGAGGCGGAGAAGCUCUACAUCGUACAUGGCAUCCAGGAGGACCUUCGUGUAGAUGGUCGUGGCUGUGAAGACUACAGAUGUGCAGAAGUAGAAACAGAUGUUGUAUCAAACACAAGUGGAUCUGCAAGAGUAAAGCUGGGACACACUGAUAUCUUGGUAGGUGUAAAAGCUGAAAUGGGGACACCGAAGUUAGAGAAACCAGAUGAAGGUUACCUGGAAUUCUUUGUUGACUGUUCUGCAAAUGCUACUCCUGAAUUUGAAGGCCGAGGAGGAGAAGAACUUGGCACAGAGAUAGCAAAUACAUUCUACAGAGUAUUUAGCAGCGAGAGCAGUAUAGACUUGAAAUCACUUUGCAUUAAUCCCAGAGAGCACUGCUGGGUUCUCUAUGUUGAUGUAUUGUUAUUGGAAUGUGGUGGCAACCUCUUUGAUGCAAUCUCUAUCGCAGUGAAGGCAGCUCUCUUUAACACAAGAAUACCCAAAGUGCGUGUUCUGGAGGAUGAAGAAGGCUCCAAAGAGAUUGAGCUGUCUGAUGACCCUUAUGAUUGUAUUCGACUUAAUGUGGAUGAUGUGCCCUGCAUCGUCACACUAAGCAAGAUUGGAUAUAGGCAUGUGGUGGAUGCUACCCUUCAGGAAGAAGCCUGUUCUUUGGCCAGCCUGCUUAUUUCUGUGACCAGUAAAGGUGCCCUCACUUCAAUGAAGAAAGUGGGGAAGGGUAGCCUGGAUCCUGAGAGUAUUUUUGAAAUGAUGGAGACGGGAAGAAGAGUAGGCAAGUCAUUGCACAUAGCCCUUCAGAAGAUUUUGGAUGAAGAAGAGAGUUUGGGGACCUCACGGCAGAAAGUUGGAUUUCUAGGAUGAGUUUUUAUUAAAUGUUCAAAACUGGUUUUAAUUGGUUGUGCAAUCUUGUCAGUUUGUAUAUAGAAAAAGGAUAUUUUCUUGUUCCAGUACCUUUAUCAUUCUGGCUAAGAGGCUUUUAAAAUGUUACUGAGCGUAAAGAAAGCUACAGUUAAAUGUGAAUAAGCAAAUUUGAGAUGCUUUCCAUAUGGGUAACUGUCCGCACCUAGGAAGUGCACCAGCAGCAAUUGAUGCAAUUGCCUGGGAAGUCUUGGGUCUGUUUUCAGCAGUGACCAGUGUAGGUUCCACUUAAUUCUGUUUCCAUGUGUUCCACUUCUGCAGACCAGCUGCUGUGUUCUAGAGCAUACAUGGGUUUGUCCUCGGUGUGGUACAAGCCAGGUUUUGGGCCUCUUGAAAUUUUUUUUUGUUCACCAGCCAGAUGAGAACAGCACUUGGGGGAUAUCUUCCUUCAAAUUAUCUUACUUUUCUUUGAAUAAAGUGUGGUUAGAUUUUACUACAAAUACAACAUGGUCCCAAGUUUCCAAUUCAUAUUUUAAACCAAGAUUUCUUUGCUCACUAGAGCUCUGCCUAUCCCUUUUGCCAACAGGCACAAUAGUAAUCUAGCCAAAACCUCUCACGUUGGCUAAGGCGGGGGGGCAUGGCUAAGGUAGAAGGGAAAAUAAAUUAAUUUUUAAGAGUUUGAUAACUCAGCUGGAAAAGCCUAGUGGCUGCCAGUAAUGGUCCUUUAUGGGGAAAGACAGAAGAUGGCAGAUAAGGUAUGCAAUCAAGUUGUAUCACCAGGUCUUCAAAGCACUUGAUUCCCUCCCUACAUCAAUUGGCUGACCCAGCAAAGAGCUGUUUAUUUGGCAGGAUAGGAAGAGACAACAGAUGGAAGAAGUCAAAGGAAAAAGCUGGUUUUCUGGAAGUUGAUAUUUCAGCUGCAAGUGUUAGAAGGAUCAUUUUGAACAAACAUUAUGGCAAAAGUUACUACAAUAAUCCAGGAAUCAGUGA